CUGCACUUCAAACAAUCAGAAUCCACAAGAAAAGACCAACCUCACAAUGUUCGGCGACAGUAUUUUCAGCUGGUUCAAGUCCUCCAAACAGGAGUCGGCCCCUGAGGCCACCUGGGACCCCAACACUGUUACGAUGACCCAGCCUCAGAGCCCUGCCGGUCCUACCACUGAGGGUGUCGUUACCGGUCAACCUAUGCCCAACAACAACAUGGAUGUGAGCCUUCGUGGUGGUGGUCCUCCCCCCGGACCUGGCGGUGACGAUUGCUGCUGCUGCCUCGACUGCUUCUGCUGCUGCGGUGACUGCUGUGGUCCCGACGGACCCCCUGGUGGCCCUGGCGGUCCGGGAGGUCCUGGUGGUCCUGGUGGCCCCGGUGGUUGGUAAAGAAUACCAACGUCUACGAUCAUGUUUCUUUUCCUUCUUAUCGUUUUUACUCGCCACGUUCGAACUUGAUACCACUAUACUGAAUGUGAUGUUGUGGCGCAAUGGAUGAGCGGGAGCUUGUUUGCCGGACAGAGGCCUUGUCAAUGGCAGAUAAGCUCUGUGUCAUGGUUGCUUUGUAUGAUACUAUGUUAUUAUUGGUUAUGUUAUAUGCAAGACUAUCGAAUUACUCGAUC